AUGAGUGCGAUGCGCGUCGACGCCAAAGUGGUGAUGCUGGGAAAGGAGAGCGUCGGCAAGACCAGCCUGGUGGAGAGAUACGUUCAUCAUCGCUUCUUGGUCGGCCCCUACCAGAAUACCAUCGGAGCAGCAUUUGUAGCCAAACCCAUCCAGGUGGGAGACAAAGUGAUUACUCUGGGAAUAUGGGACACGGCUGGAUCGGAGCGCUAUGAAGCCAUGAGCCGGAUCUACUACCGAGGAGCUCGAGCGGCCAUAGUCUGUUAUGAUUUGACCGACAGCAGCAGCUUUGAGCGAGCCCGGUUCUGGGUGAAAGAGCUGCAGAACUGCGAAGAGCACUGUAAGAUCUAUCUGUGUGGCACCAAAAGCGACCUGAUCCUCGGAGACAAGAACCUGCGUCAGAUCGACUACCACGACACUCAGGAUUUCGCUGAAGAGAUCGGGGCGCAGCACUUCGAGACGUCCAGCAAAACGGGAAACAACGUGGAUGAACUAUUCCAGAAAGUCGCAGAGGACUACAACAACGCCGCCUUCCAAUAUAUGACAGAGGAAAAGGGUGUGGACCUGGGCCUGAAGAAGGACUCCUACUUCUAUUCCUGUUGCCACAACAAUUGA